GAUAAAGAAUACCGAAUUUUUUAUUACAACCGGUGACUGCGGGAGAGGCGUAAAACUGCAUUAAUAGCGAUUAUUAAAAAUUCAUACGUACCAGAGCAAUAUCGAUCCGUCCUUUCAAAGAGAAAGAAAAAGAGAAAGAGGGUGAGAGAGAGAGAGGGUGCAAGAGAUGGCGACGGCGAGCGGAGAAAGUGAUAACGACGAGCUGUUCGAUCGGGCUAGCAUGCGCGUAAUGUCAUCCGAGUGCGACCGGCCGUGCUUUCAAACACGCCGGACAUUCCAACGAAGCGCCCAACCGUUUCCGUUAUAAAACUGAAAGACCGGCGAGAGGAUCUUCCGCGAAUGUAAAAUCGGGAAAGAUAUUAUACCUCGUCGACGAGCGAUCGAGUGACGUACGUACAGUGGAAAUAAAAUGUACACAUAUGCGUAUAUGUCAGAGACGAAGACACGAGGCGUGAUGUUUUUGUCGAAUUAAAACGCAUGUAUGUAUGCGUAGAGGUUGCAGCUGGUCAACGCGGUCCACCUCCUCUCCUUCCUCAAGAUUUCUUUUUUUUUUCCUUCCUCGCUAUUGCGCGUCGCGCGCCGUGCUCGUGUUACGGACACGCAGCACGCAUAGUCGUUGCAAACGCGCAGUUGCAGGCGAGUUGCAGGUUGCGGUCGACAGUCGCGCGCAUUCUCGUCUUAAUAAUAUUAAACAUCAUCGUCGUCGCUGGCUGCUGAUGAUCAAAUGGUAUAACGCAUUUCGAGCCCACGUUUGUCCGCAACGCGCUGUCCCGUUGAAAAACUGUCCACGCGCGCAUAUACGCGUCAUUCAUCAUCAAUCAUCGUCCGGUUUCCGACGAGUCAGGGUAUUAAAAUUUGCGACAGCGAGUGAAUUCGUCGCUACAGCAGUGCUCCCGCGAAUGUCAAAAUGCGAUACCUAUGUCGAUAAUGAUGUCGCGUUUCAUCUAUGCAUCUCGCGCUCUAAUUGUUCUCUAUGCAUAAUUAUCGCCACGAACUGAUACAUUUGUCGCGCAAAUAAUCACUCGAAAGCAAGGAUUAUCAAUCAUAGAUUCACAAUGAGUUCGCAACCGAUUGUUGUGCCUGGUGGAGAUCAUCAGCGUCUACAGGUGGAAACUCAUUCUGUACCUCUUGGAAGUUCAGCGGAUACCUUUAAAACCAUGACACCGCCAAAUGUCAGCAGAUCUCUUAGUCAACCAGCGGAUCGACAAUUUCGACGAAGCAGCGUUCAAGCACAGUCUACACCAUUACCUAAACUUCCAUCAACAGAGUCCCUUUCAACAAGCGUAAAUAUUACAACCACUGCACCUCCAGUUUCUCCAGGACUUUCCGGAAUGAGUGAAGGUCAAAAAGUCGACAAUUCAUCAGACAAGUCAUUGGAUUCUUGCAAAUUAACGCGAAAAGAAUCGUAUAAGGCCCAAAGAAAAAAUUAUCGAAUGGAGAAGAAAAGAGUGGCCAAUGAACUUUUAAGUUCUUUUAAAGAUCCAACUGUUAUUGUUAUGAGUGAUUGGCUAAAAGUUCGCGGCACAUUGAAAAGUUGGACCAAGUUAUGGUGUAUUUUGAAACCUGGAUUAUUGCUACUAUACAAAAGUCCAAAAAUGAAGAGUAAUCAUUGGGUAGGAACUGUAUUACUUAAUACAUGUCAAGUCAUAGAACGUCCAAGUAAGAAAGAUGGAUUUUGUUUUAAAUUAUUUCAUCCUUUGGAACAAUCUAUAUGGGCUCCUCGAGGACCAGAAAAAGAAGCUAUUGGUGCUGUUGUACAACCUUUGCCAACGUCUUACUUAAUCUUUCGAGCGCCAUCCCAAGCGGCAGGCAAAUGUUGGUUGGAUGCACUUGAAUUAUCAUUACGUUGUUCUUCAUUAAUAGUGCGCUCAACGAGUGCACUACCACGUCCUUUACCACACGAUACGACAACUACUCAUGAAACCCAAUGGAGCGAAGCUGAUUAUGAAAAACACUUUGAUGACCAUGAGUACAAUACCCGUCAAGUAGUAACGCUAGAUCCUGUGUACAUCUCGCGUACAGACCUGGACGAUAUUAGUCAGCCGGAAAAUGGAGUAGCUGCUGAUGCUGAAAUUAGUGCUUCGGAUAGCGAGUCUGAGGCAUCGGCUAAGGAAGAUCAAUUGUCAGAGCCGAUCACUGAAACACCAUACGUUGCUAAUGAACAGGAAGUUCUUGGAACAGCCGGUGAAGUUGUUACGGAGCUACAAGAAGAGCAAAAGUCUUUGAUAUGGUUUUUAAUGAAACAAGUUCGUCCUGGCAUGGAUCUGUCUAAAGUGGUAUUGCCAACUUUUAUUUUGGAACCACGUUCAUUUCUGGAAAAACUAGCCGAUUCUUAUUAUCACGCCGAUUUAUUAUCUCAAGCAGUAUUGGAAGAUGAUGCAUUUACACGUAUGAAGGCUGUAGUAAAAUGGUACUUAUCGGGAUUUUAUAAGAAACCACAAGGCCUGAAAAAACCAUACAAUCCGCUUUUAGGUGAAACAUUCCGUUGCUAUUGGCAACAUCCUAAUGGUUCAAGAACAUUCUACUUAGCUGAACAAUUAUCGCAUCAUCCACCCAUCUCAGGAUUCUAUGUGACGAAUCGACAAGAUGGAUUUACUAUUAGUGCUACAAUUAUUGCAAAGUCUAAAUUUUACGGAAAUUCAACCUCUGCAAUUUUAGAUGGUGUUGCUGUAUUAACAAUGCUACCAAGAGGUGAAGACUAUACAAUGACAAUACCUUAUGCACAUUGUAAAGGUAUUCUUAUGGGAACAUUAUCUAUGGAACUUGGUGGAAAAGUGAACAUAAUAUGUGAAAAGACCGGCUAUCACACCGAAUUAGAAUUUAAACUCAAGCCGUUCCUCGGUGGUGCAGAAUUAAUGAAUCAAGUUGUAGGACGAAUACGUUUAGGAAAAGAAACUCUAGCUACUAUAUCAGGAUAUUGGGAUGGACUGAUUUCAAUAACAGACAAGCGAACAGGACAAGAAAGUGUAUUCUUCAAUCCAACUCCGGAAAUACGCAAGAAAAGGUUAAAGAAAUACACUGUUCCUUUAGAAUAUCAGGGGCAAUGGGAAAGUGAAAAAUUGUGGUAUGCUGUUACACAAGCCAUUAAUAGAGAUGAUCAGGUCGCUGCUACUGAGGCUAAAACUCGACUCGAGGUAGCACAAAGAGAACGUGCUAAAGAGCGGAAAAGUCGCGGACAAGAAUGGAUUCCAAAAUAUUUUGUUCAAGAUAUUAUAACGGGAAAUUGGGUUUAUCGACAUGCCGAUGUAAGACCAUGGGAUCCGAGAAACGAUGUAGUACAGUAUGAAGAGAAUUACAUAAUACGCACAAAGACAAGGCAUAAAACACCUAUUAUGCGUACUGGCAGUAUUGUGUCUACUGAACCACAAUCACAGAUCCCAUUACUACAAGCUGAAUCACGUUCAUCCUUAUCAGUGCUCAAAUCUUCAAAGAGACAGCUAUCUAAUAACAUGCCUAUGUCAGAAACAGCUCAUGAUUCUGGGAGUUCAUCCGCAGAAGCGCAUAGUGAUUCUAGUCAAUCAUUAGGAAAGAGAAGACGUUCGACUGCUAGAAUAAUAGUCAUAAUGAAAGAAGUAGAGAAUCAAAUGCUAGAACAUGGUGAAAAACUAAAUCGUAUACAGCAGAUUGUAGAACAAGUUUGUAAGAAGCAAAGAGAGUCUGGUGAACAGCAUCACAACAUAAGUAUGUUUAAGAGCUUUGUGGAUACUAUACUUAUUAUUAUUAUCGUUUUCUUAGUGCAAUACUUUGUUAGUGUCUGGAGCAAUAAUCCUACUAAUGGUUGAGAAAUUUAGUAAUGGAAUUGUUUUAUGUCACUUGAAUUAUGUAUAUCAAUUAUUUGUCCUAAAAUUCUCGCAGCGUGGUGUCGGUGCUAUUUCAUCAUUGGUGAGGAAAAUCAUAUCGGGAAAAUAUAAUAUAAUUUUUAUUUUAAAACAAUAUUUGUGGAACACAUUCGUCUAUGUAGAAAUAAAAAAUUUAAAAAAUAUUAAAAAUAUCCACGCAAUGUAGAUUCAGUGCAAUGGUAUUUUGUCAUAGUUGUUAAAAAAUGCAAAAUGUCAAGUACAGAAACUAACAGUCUAUAUGAGCUUAUUGUAUAUUCAUAUUGUAUAUAGAGCUUAAUUAAUGUGCGAAGAUAUAGUAUUCUUGAAUUACUAAUCCAAUUUUUAUUGCAACCCGUCAGUACCAAAUUGUAAUAUAAUCAUAUGAUUGUUGUAAAAAUGUUCAGUGUCGUCAGUUUUGUAGCUAAUUUAUUAUAAACCUUAUUAUAUUUAAUUCUGAAUUAAUAUACAAUAUAAGUAGAGCAUAUUGUAAUUUAAUUUCAACGUGAUAUCUUAAGUUUACAAUAUUAUCUUGCUUAUAUUAAAUUGUUAUAUAUUUUAUGUAAAUUAAUAAAUUCUAUUAUUGUUUAUGUCGGUUAACUCGGGUUAGAGGAUAUAAAAUAUUCUACGUUUAUAUAAUAUUGAGAAAAAUUUCUUUUAGAACUCCAAUAAAGAGAGCUUAUAAUAUUAUUUUAUUUAUCGCCGAGAGUUAUAAGCUUAUUUAUGUGAUAUCUCGACGAUAACAAUAGUAC